AUGCUAUAUCUGGUAAUUCUGUAAUUAUUAAUUGAUAUCCUUUAGAGAAAUCAGUUACAGAGAUGGAUUAAAGAUGAUUGGUGAUAUCUUGGAUGCAAUUCUUUAGAGAAAUCAUCAACUUUAAGUGAGUUGA